AUGAUUGCAACCAAAUUUAUUUCCAUUUUGGCCUUUGCUGUUGUUGUUUUAACUUACACUUUACCAGGUCACAGCUCCCUUCAACGCCAAGUGCUUGCCAAGAGAGCUAAGGGUGACCUUACCGAAGAUAUAUAUCGCAAUUUGCCAGCAACUGAAAUUGAUUUUGUCAACCACCAUAUCAAAAAUCUCACCGAUGCAAGUGGUUCCAAGUGUGAUAAAUGUAAAAACAGAUUGAAAUAUGCAAAGUCGUUGGUUGAAGAGUUUCCAGAACAAGAACAUUUGGUAAGUUUGCUUUUGUAUAAGGAUUGUGUUAAUAAUAAUGCAAAGAAGCCAAAUUCAUGCAAUCUCAAGGAAUUUUUCAUCACUACUGAUUCGCAAAAUUUCGAAGCGUUUAAUGACAAUUUUGAUUCUGGGAUUACUUCAGGCACAAGUGUCAAU